CACUCCAGCCUCAAUUAGCUCCCGGUGGAUGCCAGGUUUUCUCAUUGCCGACGCUGUUCUCGGCCCAGGCGCCCUUUGAUCUCCCCAGCGGCUACGGGCGCAGGCAGAGCCGAUGUCUUCUUCAGCUGUGCUCUAAUCCAGACCCCCGAGCGCAGUUCGGGGGGCGGCAGACUCCUUUCUUCAGCAAGCCAUGGAUGUCUUCUCACCAUCCCAGGUCUACUACGACAGAGCGUGUGCUUCAUCUCCAGACAGCCUGGAGUUCGGCCCCGGCAUGGAGCUCGCCGGCUCAGAGGAGGACGAACAUGUCAGGGUCCCCGGAGCCCCCCACCAACCGGGACACUGCCUCCAGUGGGCUUGCAAGGCCUGCAAGCGCAAGUCCAGCUUCGUGGACCGCAGACGGGCUGCCACCAUGCGCGAGCGCCGGCGGCUGAAGAAGGUCAACCACGCUUUCGAGGCAUUGCGGCGCUGCACCUCAGCCAACCCCAGCCAGCGUCUGCCUAAGGUGGAGAUCCUGCGCAACGCUAUCCAGUACAUCGAAAGCCUGCAGGACCUGCUACGAGAGCAGGUGGAAAACUACUACGGCCUACCUGGAGAGAGCAGCUCUGAGCCAGGGAGCCCGCUGUCCAGCUGCUCAGACGGCAUGGCUGGCAGCAACAGUCCAGCGUGGCAACAGUUGAAUGCAAACUACAGCAACAGCUAUUCAUAUGCAAAGAAUGAGAGUCCGGGCGACAAGGCAGCCGGAGCCUCCAGUCUCGAGUGCCUCUCCAGCAUUGUGGACCGCCUCUCCUCAGUGGAGUCCAGCUGUGGACCGGCUGCUCUGAGAGACGUGGCCACCUUCUCCCCCGGCAGCUCCGACUCGCAGCCCUGCACGCCGGAGAGCCCCGGGUCCAGGCCCGUAUACCACGUCCUGUGAAAGAGAGCCCCUCUUUGACGUGGGUGCGUCUGUCACAGGCAGUCGCUGUGCCUUUGCCAGACACCAGCCGCAUUUCUCAGCACGAAGAGAUAAGAACUAGUUUUGGGUAAAUCUGAAGGAGGCUCGGCAGAAUCUGACGACCUGUGGCAAGGAGCUUCUAUAUUGUACAUGAGACUGUAAAUAUGUAAUGUAAAUGCCCAUUUAUUCUAUACGUGCUGUUAUACCCAAUGAGACAUAUUUAAUGAUGACAGUUAAUGUAAUGUUGUAUUAUUCCAACAUUAAUUGGUAUUUAUGCAGUGGUAUUUCUUACUUUUCAUGUUGUUGUUGACAUUAAAUCUUUCUCUGA